UUCUACCACGUACUCACAGCCAAAUGUUGGCAUCUUCUUGCUUCCUUCUCGGCCUCUUGUGUCUCUUUCUAGAUCUGUCAAUAAUUUCCACCCACCUUUAUGUCUUCUGUCUGGCCGGUUCUGCGCCCCUAUCUCACCUUUUGUCGACCCAGCCGGCCGGCUAGCUGCUCUGUUUCUCUUCUCGUGUUGUUCGUUCUGCUUGAGCCUGUCGCUUGAAAGGGCCAAGAUUAGAGGAUGUUCUUAGGAGUGGACGAGGUAUAAGCAGGAAUGUUUUGUUUUGGGGGAACAUUGAAUUAUUUAGGUAUGGGGAAUGUUGCAGGCUAGAAUUAGCCACGCCACACGUUUUGGUCAGUCUUAGUUUCAAUGUCUACUUUACAGCAGGCAGUUACUACAAGCCCUCCCACCACGAGAAGGUGCUGACCUCGGAAGAGUACCUUUUUCACCACCAGUUAACGUCUCGGUCCCGGAUAGCCUAUUGAUAACUUAUGCAAACGGAUCCCAUUUUGUGGCCUCCUAGGUCAACAGAUUUGAAUUCAUUAAAUUUUUUCUUCUGGGGUUGCAUAAAGGAGAAUGUGUAUUUCAAAACCGAAUAAAACUGAAAUUAAACUCAAGAAUUAAUGCUCUAGUUGAAAAACUAAAUGCCACCGGAUGCGCAAGACUAAUGAUCUAAACUUUUUGAAAAUAUGACAUGCUUGAAUUGAAGCUAGUGGCAAGCAAUUCCAACAUUUUAUUUGACAAUAAUGACACAUUGAUAAUAUUCUCCGAAUAAAAGUCUAGAGAUGAAAAUCCCAGAAUGAGCUCCCUCUUCUUUAAAAUGUCAAUAUCUUUUUUCCUCAUCGUUUCAAGCAGAAAAUGAAAAAGAAGAUAAGCAUAACAUGCCGAGUUAGUCUGAUGAAAUUCUUUUAUAGCAGAAACGAUCAGAGUUCGAUGGCGAAAUUUGAAAAAAUUAAAAUGUUGGAACCAUUCAUUUUUUCUGAUCAUGAGCUGAAACAGACAUGGCGCCACGCAAUAUAACGACUGUGGAAACAGUUUGCAAAAAGUGUUUGAAGGAAGUAAAAAAUAGUGUUACAUGCUGCAUUUGUCUGAAUACGUAUCAUUCGAGCUGUAUAUUAAAAAUUGACGGCAUUUAUGUGGAAAAAGGAAAAGUGUUUUGCUGUAAUGACAUAACCUCAAAAAAAUGUGACUGUGCUAAGAAGGAUAAAGAAAUUCAAGAACUGAAGACACGCUUGUUGAAAUUAAACGAAAUUUCUUUUGAAAAUUCUAUCAGCCAACAAAGUAUUAUAGAUGAAGAUAGAGAGACAUUAUGCGAGUAUAAAGGUGACGAAAAUUCUGGGGAGGAACCAGCAGUUCCAUCACAUAAUACAGAGGUGGAAAACCUUGAAAUAGAAUACCUAAAUAGACUUCUGCUGGAAAAAUCUAAUAUGAUUGACGAAUUACGCGACAAAAUAGAUUUCCUAAAAAAAUAUAUUUCACUUCAAGAAAAGAUUGAAGGGAAACAAUCUACAAUGUUGACAUCUGUUGGUGAAAUUCCGAAGUUUCGACAUAACUUCACAUUACCGACUUGCGAUCGUGGAAGCGUUCAGAAGAUUCCAGAUGAUAAGAUAAAUGAAAAAGAAACAGCUGACCGCUCGAGUGAACGACCUGUCGUAAACAAAACAAAAGAGGUAAACAAACAUGACUUACAUAAACCAAACCAAAUGAAAAACCGGAAUAAUUCUGCAUCUCCUAAAAUAAAAGAAGUACGAGGUACAAGACCAAAAACAAACAUCGAAAAAGGGGUUUUCUCGGGUGUUCAACAAAAAGUUUGGUUACACGUAGGAAAAGUCGAGCUUAGUACUACCGCUGAGAUGAUCAGGGAUCAUUUGGGUCAACUAUUCUCGGGACGAUCCUUCAUUAUUGAAGAACAAAAAUUGAGAGAAGGAGCAUCUAGCAAAUCUUUCAAGAUAGGUGGUGAUUUGGAUUUGAAAGACGCGUUGUAUGACGGAAACAACUGGCCAAUAGGGGUUACCAUUCGAAGAUUCACUUUUUUUCGACGAAUCGAAGCUGGCACCAAAGAAAGAGACCAGAAACCAAUAAAUGUGAUAUAUUGUCUAUAGAAGGACAUCAUUUAAGGAAACAAGUUAAAAUGUUGAAGAAGAAUCUAGAACAAGUAUCAUUAGAGUCAGCUGGAUUGCAGGCUGCUAUAACAGAUUGGAGAAGUCAAAUUGAAGAACAACAAGAAGAAUUGAAGAAAACUGUUAGCUCUUGGCAGAAUAAGGAUAAAAAGAAUAAUAUUGUAACAAAUUAAUGUAUUAUAUUGAGAGCUAGGUUUUAUUUUAAUCUUGGUUUUAUGAAGGCCUUUAUGUACUCGACACAAAUCCAUUAUACACUAAUUAAAAAAUACAAAUAUA